ACCGUGGCUCUCUUUCCAUGUAGCAUUUCUCACUGUGACGGAGCCUGUGUGUGAGGCAGAGAAGAAUGGAAAAGCCCAGGAAGAAAUUUAUUGAUGUGGUAGAUAAGGCAAUGGUUGCUGCUAACACUAUGGAUCGUGAUGAACUGCUUUUUUCUUACAAGGGGAUUCUCUACCCUGUUACUGUUUGCAGUCCUGAAGUGUUUAAAGCUAUGGAGUCCCUUGAAGCCAGAAGUGAUGAUGUCAUUUUGGCAGGAUACCCUAAAUCUGGUACAAACUGGGUAGGUCAGAUCUUAAGUGAUCUGGUAGCCACAUUUGAAAAGAAAAUGCAGAAUGAAGAAAGUAUUAAUGAUGAAGACCUAGAAGAAUUCCCCUACCUUGAAGUUGGAGAUACUGGGAAAUAUGAGCGAAUGAACAAGUUACCUUCUCGAAGAGUUAUAUUUACUCAUCUCCUUCCUGACAAUCUUCCCAGGUCUGUCUUCCAAAAUAAAGCCAAGAUAUUGCUGUUGAUUCGCAAUCCAAAAGAUGUGGCUACAUCUUUUUAUCAUUUUUCCAAUGGCAUGUCUGUUCUGCCCUCCUAUGAGACCUGGGACGAUUUCUUCAUAGCUUUCAUGACAGAGAAAAGUACAGUAUAUUCUUUUAUGAUUAUUUUGUUUUAUUUAGUGCCCUGGGGAUCCUACUUUAAUUAUCUUUCUGAAUGGAACAAGUAUGCUGAGGAUGAAAAUGUUAUGACAAUAACUUAUGAAGAACUAAAAGAGAAUCGGGCCCUGGGAGUGAAAAACAUCGCUGCCUUCUUUGGGAUUUCUCUGACUGAGGAAGAGCUUCAGGGUGUGGUAGAGAGGAGCAGCUUCCAGUCCAUGAAGGAAAACUCGCUGAAGACCCAUGGGGCACUGGGCAGCAUUCUCUUUCGCAAAGGUGGUGUAAGUGACUGGAAGAGUCUUUUCAAUGAAGAUCAGAAUGAGAAAAUGGACAAAGCAUUUGAAGAACAUAUAGCAGGAACUAAACUGGGGAUGAAGUUAAAGUAUGACGUGUACUGCAGAGCCUGAAGAGUGAUUAAAUGUGGUUAGAGGAAGAGCUUUCCACUGCAUUUCAGAUCAUCUG